UUGUGGGCGAACCAAUCCCCGCUAACAUACCAUGACAACCAGGUCUCCUCCAUUUUAACACGUUCUUCUCCCUUUCCAGGAGUCUACGCCUUUGGUCUCUUCACUGUGGACAUUUUCGUAAACGCGGGCCAGGUGGUGACGGGGAACCUGGCGCCCUACUUCCUGACGGUGUGCAAGCCCAACUACACGGCGCUGGGCUGCCAGCAGGCGCUGCGCUACAUCAGCCACCAGGAGGCCUGCACCGGGAACCAGGAGGACAUCCUCAGGGCCCGCAAGACCUUCCCCUCCAAGGAGGCCGCGCUCAGCGUCUACGCCGCGCUCUAUCUGGCCAUGUACGUGACGUGCACGGUGCAGGCGAAGGGCACCCGCCUGGCCAAGCCCGUCCUGUCUCUGGGCCUCAUGUGCCUGGCCUUCCUGACCGGUCUGAACCGGGUGGCCGAGUACCGCAACCACUGGUCGGACGUCAUCGCGGGCUUCAUCAUCGGGACGGCCAUCGCCACCUUCCUGGUGGUGUGUGUGGUCCAUAACUUUAAGGGGAAGCUGCUGUUGGGCGAUGACCCGUCAGCUGACCAGCAGCCCAGCGCCACCAUGCUGAACAUCGGCCGGGUGGAGAGUCCUCUGGAGAAAUACAUCGCCUCACAGAAUCACAUCGCCUUCGCUGAGGUCACAUGA